AUGUCUGCUCGAUCGCCACGUCGACUCCAGGCUGCUCCGGGCAGCAGCAGUCGUCGUUCCAACUCCCACUCGCCCCUGCGGCUCUCUUCUUCCCACUUCUCAUCAGCUGCCCUCCAAAUUCCCAAGGAGCCCGAGGCUGCCAGUCUCUAUCACUGGGCCAUCUCAAUGGUGCUGAAGCUGCGCCUUAAACCGAAUGCUGGCGAUCUGACUCGUCUCUUGACGUCAGCUGGUGUCCCAACAACCUUUGUGGGUCAACAGAGCAACACUCGGGUUCUAGAAAACCCCAUCACAGCCUUCCUGGCUCUGGAAUUUCAGACGUACCUUCCCAACCAAACUGUUCCACGCGCUGUGACUGACAGAAGCACGGCGGAACUGCUUUUCCUCAUUGCAGAGGCUGGUCACUUCCUGCUGGCCAUUGAAGCCUUCAGUCGCCUCUGUUUAGCCGACUAUGCUCCCGAUACCAAGACACCUCAGUCCAGGCAGUCCAAAGCGAGGCCUGUCCGGUCGGCCAUCGCUAUAUGUCCUGCAUUCUUCCAAUUUACGAGUAUCCCCGGCCCCGUGGUGGAGGCUUUCCUAGGCGCUGUUAUGAACGUCUGCUUAGCUGCUGGCGAAGCCAGUGCCUCCUUCUUGCGCGCCAUUGUUUCUUCCAUCCUGCUCUUUACUUUGCCGAAAACUUCCUCGAGCGGAUGGCAGAAUAACUCUCGAGCCAAUUGGUUGUUAGAUCAUAUACUGCGCACAGCUUACUGGCUGAAUACGGCCUACUUAGAUACUGCGUCAAUGAAUGCCCCAGAGGAGUGGUGGUACGGUGCUGUUGGACAGGAGUUGCGACCUUCUCUUUUGGUAGGCAUCCAAGCUAUGCCGACCGAGGAGCCCUCCGACGUGACUGAAAGUCUCAAUCCGGUCAACGAGUCCUCCAACUGGGGUUUCUACCGCAUUCUCUCCUCCUCUUGGGCCGACGGUUUAUCCUCCCUGAUACCCGCUAAUGAGCUCUCUCGCCUGGUCUGGGGUGGUCAGCGUGGUGGUGGAGGUGACGAUGCUGCU